AUGCCUACAGAGGGGCUCGAAACUCAAAUAGAACGAGUAAAAAUCGUCUAUCUGAAACUUCCGACUACUCGUCGCUUCCAUCAUAUGCUUUUUAAGCAACUACAAAUUUUGAAAUCUUCUGAUGAUUCGAAUGGCGUCAGAAUUGAUGAAUUAACGGCAAAUGCAGAUGAGCAAUCAGUUGUAGUUUGUUUACAGAUAGUUCUAUUCUUAUCAGGAAAAGUUCGUCAACAACGUUCAUCAACUCGUGCUGCUACGGGAGGUGUUGAGAAUGAUGAUGAUGGUCGUGGUGUUAAUCAUGAAAAUGACGGUGGUAAUGGAGGAGGUUUUUAG